UCUGCACCUCACUCCCACAGGCAACAGCAAUGGCGGCCUCCUCGUCGCGCUUCUCGCUGCUGCUCCUGGAGGAGGGCGAGUACUACUUUGACGACUAUGCCGCCUACCACUACCCCUCGCUGCCGCCGUCGCCCACCACCCGCCUUCGUGGACGCGUCCGGCUCUGCUCCUCCUCGCUCUUCUUCGAACCGGAGGACGUGAGCCAUCCCCUGGUCAAGCUCUCGUUCGCAAAGGUCCAUGGCGUCUCCCGGUUCCGCGGACUGGGCGGGCACGGGCUGGCGAGUGAUGAACUGGCGGCGAUCUUUGUCAUUCAGACCUCGCUCACCAUCACUCUCCUCGGCGACAACGUCAUCAAGCCGUACACCUUUACCAAGGGCCGGGCUGACUUUGCCUUUGCCCUUCGCUACGCCGAGCUCGAGACCUUUCUCCCGCGGUUGCAGGAUCUGUUGGAGAUCAGCACGCUCGAUGUGGCUGGCGCCGAGGCCCGGCUGGACUCGCUCAUUGCCAUCCGCGAGGCAAAGUUGACCUUUGAUCACUCGUCGAUCAAGGAGCUUUCCGAGCGGAUCGAGCUGGAGAUGCGUGCAGUCCACGAGUUGCCGCUGGUGCACAACCCCGGCCGAUUUGUGCUCACAACGGCGCGAAUCUAUUUCCAGGCCUUUAACAACAUCUCUGGCGAGCCUGUGGCAAGCUACGACCGGUCGGCCAUCCGAUCUGUGGCCCGGCGGCGGCAUCUACUCCGGGCGACUGGGCUAGAGAUCUUCAUGGCCUCUGGCGACUCAAUGCUGUUCUCGUUCUCGUCGCGAGCCGACCGCGAGGCUGUCUUCGAGGCCCUGUAUGCACAAGACGGCGUGGCAUCGCAGCAAGAGGAGUUUGCCGCCAACAUGACGCUGCGGUGGCAGAACGGGCUUGUCUCCAACUACGAGUAUCUCAUGUUCCUCAACUCGAUGGCCGACCGGUCGUUCAACGACCUGGCCCAGUAUCCGGUCUUCCCAUGGGUGGUUGCCGACUACACUUCGGCUGAGCUGGACCUUGACAACCCGGCCACGUUCCGUGACCUGUCCAAGCCGGUCGGCGCGCUCAACCCGGACCGACUCGCUGGCUUCCGCCAGCGGUUUGAGCAGAUGCCGGCCGACGGGACCGGCCCACUCACUCCGUUCCUGUAUGGGACCCACUACUCGACACCGGGCUAUGUGCUGUUUUACCUCGUCCGUUCUCAGCCUGCGCUCAUGCUCCGGCUUCAGAACGGCAAGUUUGACGCGCCGGACCGGCUGUUCACCGGCGUCGCCGCCACCUGGCGCAACUGCCUCCACUCGACCGGCGAUGUCAAGGAGCUUAUUCCCGAGUUCUACGCUGGCGACGGAAGCUUUCUUCGCAACACGGCAGGCAUCGACUUUGGCGUCUGUCAGGGCUCGGGCGAGCGGGUCCACGACGUCGAGCUCCCGCCGUGGGCGAGCGAUGCAGCCGAUUUUGUGACCAAGCUCCGCUCCGCGCUCGAGUCGAAGUAUGUCUCGGAUCACCUCCACGAGUGGAUCGACCUUGUGUUUGGCCACAAGCAGCGCGGCGCUGCCGCCGACGCAGCCGAUAACGUCUUUUACUACCUCACGUACGAGGGCGCGGUUGACAUCGAAGCCAUCGCCGAUCCGCUCGAGCGCAAGGCCAUCGAGUUGCAGAUCUCCGAGUUUGGCCAAACGCCGACGCAGCUGUUCACCCGCCCACAUCCGCGGCGCGGCGCAGUUGCAAGCCCGCUAGGUAUCGGGCUCCCCGCGAUCAGCGCACUGCCGACCAGCGGGAGCGAGGCUGCCGGAGGCGACGGCGGAGCAUCGACAGUCAACGCCAGUCCCGUUGCCGGCGCGCCAGACAGCGCAGCGAGUUCCUGUGGAUGGGGCGAGGUGGGAAGCCUUGUUGAGGACACGGCCUGGGGCCCGAUUGCAGCCCACAAGGGUGCCGUGACCGGCCUGGUGGUCAGCGACGAUGGGGCUCGCAUCACGUCUGUUUCGCUCGACGGCUAUCUACGGGUGUACGCCAUGCCGGAAAACCGGCAGGUGCGGGCGGUGGCGCCGAGCUCGCUGGCACUGUCGUCGGUGACUGCACUGGACGCCAGUGGCGACACUUUUGUGGUGGGCGGGUGGGACAACGCAGUGUACGCUUACUCGAUCGAGUAUGGGUCGAUCUCUGCCAAGCUCGAGUCGCACGACGCGGCGGUGUCGGGCGUGGUCAUGGUCGACGAGCUGACGCUGGUCUCGACCUCGUGGGACUCGACGGUCAAGGUGUGGGAGCGCAAGUCGACGCGCAACGCCAGUUCUCACCUGUGCCCGUGGCCGAGAUGCAGGAGCACGACGAGGCGGUUAAGGUCAUGGCCAUCGCUCCCGAUUCGAGCCUGUUUGCGACGGCCUCGUCCGACGGAGCCAUCGUGGUGUGGGACGCCGGCACGCGUCGGGCAGUCGAGUACUUGCCGGACCAUGACGGCGAGGUGACCGCACUUGGCUUUUCCGACCACAGCGCGUGGGUGGUGUCCGGCGACGAUGGCGGGACGGCUCGCGUGACCGAGGCGCGGACUGGCGUAGUCGUGUUUGAGACCGAUGUUAGCGAGCCGGUGCGCGCGGUGGCGUGCGAUGGAAAGACUCUGCUCUGCAGCGCAGGCACGCACCUCCAGAUGUGGGCGUUGGGCUCGGGUGCCGAGCAGGGCGCACAGCUCGACCUCGGCGCCGACGUCACUGCGCUGGCGGUGGUCGGCGGCGCGGCGUACGUCGGGCUCGACGACGGGACCAUCCACCGGGUGGUGUUUAACGAGUAAAGGGAGCAAGAACGGAGA